AUGGCGUCCAUGGCUCAGGCGAUGGGCGGGCAGGGUAGCCCGCCGCAGGGCAAGGAGGUGGUGUUCGACCUGGAUGCGGCGGCCUUCUCCUCGGACCACUUCCGCAUGCAUGAAUUCAAGGUGAAGCGCUGCCCGCGCGCCCGACCCCACGACUGGACCCAGUGCCCGUUCGCCCACCCGGGGGAGAAGGCGCGCAGGAGGGACCCCCGGCGAUACAGGUACUCCGGGACCGCCUGCCCGGAGUUCCGCAAGAGCGGAUGCUGCAGACGGGGGGACGCCUGCCCCUUCGCCCACGGCGUCUUCGAGUGCUGGCUGCACCCUUCUCGCUACAGGACGCAACUGUGCACCGACGGCGGCGCCUGCAAGCGCCGGGUGUGCUUCUUCGCCCACAGCGAGUCGGAGCUUCGAAGGCCGGAGGACGACCCCGUGAUAGCGCAGUGCCAGGUCCAGGCAGAGCUGGCCGCGGAAGUCCAGUCUCUGCAACAGCAGCACAUAUCACAUGCACUGUCAGCACUGCUGGAAGCUAACGGGCAUGAUCCUCAGGCCGGCACUGCUGGCCUUGCGAAUGGCCACCUCAAUCUCCUGACUCUUGAGCUUAUGAAGCAGGCGAACCCAUCUAUGGGGUCCACCCCAGCAGCUGCUGGCGACCAGUCAUCUGGCAAUGGCCUUCAGCUGGCCCUCCUCCAACAACUGGCUUUAGUGGAACAGGUGCAAAAGCAACAGCAGCACCAACGUGAGCAAGCACAGCAGUUGCUCAACGGCUAUGCAACACCAGUUCCGGGGUUGCAGGAAGCAGAGGUGAAAAACAUGCAGGCCCUGUUGGCUGCUAUCAGCCAGAAUGGUAUUCAGCAGGCACUCAAGAGCCAGCCCUCAGAACAGGUGUCCACGAGUGGCCCCGCAAUGGAGGCGCUGAGCACGUUGGCAGGGGCAAGUGCGCCACCGGCUGCUCCCGGGCAGGUGCUCAAUGAGAGUCAGGUGCCAACCUCGGCUCCCAUGCCAGCAGCCAACGAUGCAAUGGGCAGCUAUGGUCUGGGAGGGCAGGUGCAGGACGGUGCGGUGGUGGUCUCAGCUGCAAUGGCAAUGAAUGGUGCUGUAGGAGGUUACGAGAUGCAGGGGGCAGUCACUGCUGGUGUACCAAUGGAUCAGAGUGAUGCUGUACAGAUGAACAAUCAGGUGCCCCUCCUUCCACCCAAUGCCUUCCUGGCGCCCGGACAGCUUGCUGCCCUGAGGUCCCAUGCAGCAACACUCACAGGCGGAAGGAGGUCGAUCGACAAUGGUGUGUUGGCACGGUCGAUGAACGAGCUGGUGGGUGCGCUGGAUGCCAGCCACCUUGGGGCCAGCCAUCAGAUGGCAAUGGGGGCGGACCUGGCCGGCGGCCAUGUGCCACUCAUGUACUCUGCCCCUGGGACUGCCUCCCCUGUGCCACAGGCCAUGGACCCCUUUGCUGGCAUGCCUGACAAGGAGGCGUUGAAGCAGGCCAAGAGCCUGCUGGAGAAUCUGCACAUGCUGCAGGGCGGAAAGAAUGGCACCUCUGGACCUGCUUUGAUGCAGGGCGUCAACAUGGAAACGCUGCUGGCUGUGAAUGGGCUUUCGGCCAUGAGCAGAGCCGCCACCUUUGACAAAGUCCUUGAAGAGGUGCCAAGGAGCACAGGAGAGGACAAGCAUCUGCGGUCUGCACAUAGCUUUCUUCAAGCCAUGGGAAUGGCUGGCGGGGACCAACUGAUGUAG